AAAAAUAGGGAAUAUUCUCGCAUCUGAUGAUGACAGAGCUCAUUAUAUGACAACUCGUGGAAUUCGGUCAUAUCUUUACAUAUUUGGGUUUCGCGAAACGGUGAUUCAAAAACGGAUAUACGGGAAGGAAAAAUUCAUAAUCAAAAAAUAAACCCGAUCAAAAAUCUUGAUUCAGACUGCCAUCAAUGCAGCUUGAGUUGCAUAGAAAUUACGUGAUUUGUAUGAAUAGAAAUUUUAUAUUGUCUUAAGCUCAACAUAACUGAUUUUUUCUUUAUAUAGCCGCACCACGUCUGUGAAUGUAACUCACAAUUACUAUUACUCGUAAAUAAUGCAAACUGAUUCCAAAGCUUCUAUGAAAUUUUCAACGCACUGUGCAACGACUAAAUAUCGCGCAUUAGGUCUCAUGCAUGUAGCAUUAUGUGAGACUUAUAAGACUGCAGUGAUCGCAAGCAGUUUCCAUACCCUUGAAAAAUGUUAGGAAUUUUUCUAGCUGCUUUGAGUUGCGCAACUUUUGCUUACGACUUGAAAGAGUUGCCGGAAGGGACUUCUUCAACGUUCGUAUGCGUCGAUGGAUCACAAAUAUAUCUUGGUCUUGUUUGUGAUGGAAAACCCGAUUGCCAGGACGUCUCAGAUGAAACUCAAAAACUUUGUCGACACGUGGUGUGCCCGACGUCCAUGUACCGAUGUGCAUACGGAGCGUGUAUCCGACGUGAAUUCCGUUGCGAUGGAAUUCAAAAUUGCUUGGAUGGUAGCGACGAAAUUCGUUGUGACGUUGCUGAGAUUUGUAAUGAUUUUGAAUUUCAAUGUGCUUCUACAUCCGAUUGCAUCCCAUUGAAGGAUAUUUGCAAUGGGUACGUCGAUUGCCAGGAUGGCAGUGAUGAAAAUUUAACAACAUGCCAAGGUCAUCCUUGUCCAGCACACACUUACCAUUGUUCUUAUGGUGGAUGCGUCCAUCAGGAAGUGAUUUGCGAUGGCGCCAUGGAUUGCCUUGAUGGGACAGAUGAAGACUCUAUGACAUGCAAGGCGAUACAUUGCCGAGGCACAGAAUGUGAUAAAUAUAAGUGCAGCGAUGAAGAAUUUGCCUGCAAAAGCGGUGGGCAGUGCAUUCCCCAUAGAAAGGUAUGCGAUGGAACUCAUCAAUGCAGAGACGGUUCUGACGAGACCACGACAUUGUGUAGCAAUUACACAUGUCCUCCCGAAUCAUUCCGCUGUUCUUAUGGUGGAUGUAUACCUGCGACCAAGAAAUGCAACAUUGAGCAAAACUGCUAUGAUUGGAGCGAUGAAGAUGAGUCCGUAUGUGGUGUGAGUUUACCCGAGGGUGCAUGUCGCUUGCCACCAGCAAAGCCGGGAACCCAUUACCAAGUAGGGAACUGUCCAGAAUGUCACCCUGGGGAUGUUGUCGCGGAACUGACGACGUUAGACUAUUUCUGCGACAUCGAAGGAUCCCUUGAAGGACCCAGCACUAUUUACUGCGAAGACAACAAAUGGAUGCCCUCAAUUCCAAUAUGCCCAACCGAUACCGAGGACAUUACUUGCUCACCACUGAACGCACCCGGUGCUGUCAAGCGUUGUGAAGUGAAAUGGGGUUCUCACCAAGGUUGGAUAUCUUGCGAUAAACCCGUUCCUGUUGGAACCCAUGCAUCUUUGGAGUGUCCAGAAUAUUACGAAGCAGAAGCGGGUGCCUCACAUGCUACAUGCUUACACGACGGGACUUGGACUCGGAAACCUUUACACUGUAGACCAGUGUGUGGAAUCCAAGAACAUUCAGUAAUACCGUUAAUAGUACAUGGUUGGGAAGCGACUGUUCUUGAUCCUGUUCCAUGGCAUGCAGCUUUAUUUGCUUACGAAGAUGGUAAGCUGAACUUUUUCUGCGGAGGAACAUUGAUUGCAGAAAGAGUGGUACUCACGGCAGGACAUUGCGUGUGGAAGAAUGAUGCUGAUCUAAUGAAAGUGGUCCUUGGUGGGUACUCGAGCAAUUUCAAUGACCAGGAAGAAGGUGCACAAAUUUUUGAUGUCGAAAAAAUCGAGUUACAGUACUCAUACCAAGACCACGAAGGCAACUACGGAUCAGAUCUGGCAAUUCUGCUCCUGGAAAAAAGUGCUACAAUUAAUAAAAUGGUAAUGCCUGCUUGCAUAGAUUGGACUAACUCUAACGACGUCAAGUUUAGGAAUGGAGCUAUUGGACUUGUGAGUGGCAUGGGGAUAACUGAAAACGACACGUUUAGUUCUACUCUGAGAUCAACAUCCGUACUGAUAGUGUCUGACGAAAAAUGUCGUGAGAAACAAAAAAAAGAUUUUAGAAAAUACAUAACUUAUACCUCGUUUUGCGGUGGCUGGAGUAAUGGCACAGGAGUUUGUAAUGGAGACAGUGGUGGUGGUUUAGUCUUGCCCAAGCCAAAUUCCACUGUAUGGGAAAUACACGGUGUAGUGUCCAUCAGCCCUAGGCGUUUAGGGACCAACUUCUGUGAUCCCAAUUUCUACACAAUAUUCACAAGGGUUUCCGCAUAUGCAACGUGGAUUAAAAAAAUCAUCGACAGUAUACCUGUUCUUGGCCCCCCGAACGCAACGAAUCUGCCGAAUCACGACAUGAUUGGAUGAUUCGACCUCUGUUACAGUAUAUUUAUUUAUUGUUUCCAAUAUCAUAGCUGCAACAAAUAAGUCGAUAAUAAAACUACAUGAUAAAUGAG